UGCGGCUUGAAAAUGAGUUGGCUCUGCUUGUCGAACUGCCACCAAGACACCUGUAAAAAGCCGCUGGAACAGGGAGGCAGAACUAGCCUGGUUGGUCUCCCCUGGUAGCUGCUGGCCCACAAGAGGCACCAGGAGAAAGCACCUGGGCAGCAGAGCCACCGCAGGGCCAGGCCCACUGUCUGAUGGGGAGAUGCCAGAGAGCUGGAAUGCCUCCUCCAACAGCCUGGAGGUGCGAGCUGCAGGCAUCAUUGUGCCGGUGGCCUUCUCCCUCAUCUUCCUCCUGGGCACAGUGGGGAAUGGGCUGGUGCUGGCUGUGCUGCUGCGUAAUGGCCAGGUGAAGUACAACACCACCAACCUGUUCAUCCUCAACCUGGCCAUGGCGGACCUCUGCUUCAUCAUCUGCUGCGUCCCCUUCCAAGCCACCAUCUACACACUGGACGGGUGGCUCUUCGGCCCCUUCGCCUGCAAGGCUGUGCACUUCCUCAUCUACCUCACCAUGUAUGCCAGCAGCUUCACCCUGGCAGCCGUCUCUGUCGACAGGUACCUGGCCAUUCGCUACCCGCUGAAAUCCCGGGAUCUCCGGACCUCCCGGAAUGCAGCGGUUGCCAUCAUAGUGAUCUGGACCCUGUCACUGCUCUUCGCAGGGCCCUACCUCAGCUACUACCAGAUUGUCCACUACCACGGGGUGCCCAUCUGUGUCCCCAUCUGGGAGGACCAGCACCGGAAGAUCCUGGACAUCCUCACCUUUGUGUUUGGGUACCUCCUGCCCGUGGCUGUCGUGAGCUUGGCUUAUGCCAGGACCAUCAAGUUCCUGUGGACCUCAGUAGACCCUGUCGAGAGAAUCUCAGAGUCCCGUAAGGCCAAGCGCAAGGUCACCAAGAUGAUCGUGGCUGUGGCCAUACUCUUCUGCCUCUGCUGGCUGCCCCACCACCUGGUCAUCCUAUGCUUUUGGUUUGGCUACUUCCCCUUCAACCGAGUCACCUAUGCCUGCCGCCUGGCCUCCCACUGCCUGUCAUAUGCCAACUCCUGCCUCAACCCCAUUGUCUAUGCCCUCAUCUCUAAGCAUUUCCGCAAGAAGUUCAAGCUGGUCUUCACUUGCCUCCUCUUCCAGAACAAGAGCAGGAAGAAGAAGAGAGCUGGCAAUAAAGUCCACAUGACCAAUGUGGCCAACAAUGCUGCAGGUGUGUAUGGAGGGAACACCGAGGUCACCCAGAUCCAGGAGGAGAAUGCCAGGUGCUGCCAGGGCCUGCUGCGGAAAGAUGCUGAAGACACCCAUCUCCCUGAGGCAUGGACUCAUCAGCUACAGGACACCACUGUCUCUGCUCAGAGAGGACUUCUGGCUGAAGAAAGUUCUGUAACAACUGGCAACCCACUGGCUGUGACCUCACCAGGAAGAUCUCAGGGCCUGCUGACCCUCCACUGAUAAUAUAAACCAAGAGGAGAAAUGCAUAAUCCAGUGGGGGAGUCACCCUUCCACCCCGUGUAUGCAAGCAGAUUGAAGGAUGUAGCCAUUGGGAAAUUGCACUGCAGUGAUGGCUAAUCUUAACAGUGUCAGCUGUGGCUUUUUUAUGAUCGUUCCACCCUUAUCCACUUCCCUGUACCAUUCUUGUGGGAGCAGUGGAAUCCAUCAAUGGAAAUUCAGAAAGUAGGAGCAUGCUAACAUAAAAACAAGAGACAUGGAGAACUAGACACAGCAUGAUCCCUGGGGAAAGGACUGGACUCCCAUUGCCCUGGGCAUGAUAUUGAAAAUAUGUGGCGAGGAGAAGGGGAAGGAGUUUUACCACCAUAUGCGAUAUGACACCACGCAAUUAAAGGUGUGAUCCAGUGUAAGGCACUGCCCACAUAUUGGGAUUCAAAGAUCUGAACUUCCCUCUUGAGAUUAAUUAGCCCCUCGAUAAGCCCUGUGUGGGUGUCUGUUGCUCACAGUCACCCAGGGGGUAUUCCCCCUACACAUUUAGGCCUACGUUUUCAACAGUGCCCACUAAUUUUGCAUCUUGGGUACUG